CUCUCCCCCUCUCCUUUUGUCUCUCUAACUCGCCUUCGCUAUUUUGCUCUGCAAUUCUUGCGUCCAAUUUUCGUCUUCUUCUUCCUCCCGGCUCUCUCUAUGUCUCCAACACGUUCUGUUCAUUAUUUUUCACUUUCUCUGCAAAACCCAUUAUUUUCUUGAAAGUUGAAGAAGUCCUCUCUCUCAUAUCUAAACAGAAAUGGGUACUCGCCUUGAACUCUCUCUCCUCUGCUUCGCCAUUUUCAUCCUCUGCAACUCCCAAGGAUCCCUCUCUAUCUCUCUCUACCCUCAAGGUUUUAACAUCACCACCAUGGCGCGCCCACCAUUGCCCCAUUACCCUGAAACCCACACCCUGCUCGCCCCGAUCCUCACAAACCUUGGUUACACAGAGCUGGCCAUGGCAGUUCCGUAUUUAUACGACUCUUAUCUCUCUUCUUGGGCUGGCCCUGCAACUCUUUUCGCUAUUGAUGACCAGGCCAUUCGUUCUUGCUCCCGUUGUUCUCGCCCUCAAAUCCUCAAAGAGCACAUAAUCCCUGGUUUGUUCACUUACCACCAUCUCUCUAAGCUCGCUCAUGGAACCAAGAUCCAAACCAUGAGCUCCGAUCGUUGCAUCACUGUGACGUCCAUGAACUCAACUGAGAACACCACCAACGUCUUGAUCGAUGGCGUCCAAAUCACCCACCCUGAUCUCUUCAACGACGCUCUCCUUGCGAUCCAUGGCUUGGAUGGCUUCGUUUUCCCUCUUUCCCCUCAAUCCUGUUUCUCCCAGGAAAACUCCACCCAAUUUCCUGAAAAUUAUACCUCCCCGUUCACUUACUUGCCGGAAAACUACACCUGCGCCAAUACCAACUCAACAUUAAACCACACCAUCCCUCUCCCUUACUCGCCGGAAAAUUACACCUCCCCGGGCCCACACUUGCCAGAAAACCACACCUCCCCCCUCACCUACUCGCCGGGAAACUACACUACUCGGUCACCUGCUCGCCGGAAAACUAAAACCCCAUCUCUUUUCCCGAACAAUUUUCCGGCGAUCACAAUGCGUUCAUCUCUGGGAGACGCGAUGCUGAGGCUUCGAUCCUCGGGCUUCAGCAUCGUGGGCCUGGCCUUGAGAAUCAAGUACGGCGAACUCGUGGGCCUACAAAAUAUGACCGUCUUUGCCCUCGAUGACCGCUCUAUUUUAAAUGGAGGGUACGCCUACGUUCACAACGUGAGGUUCCAUAUCGUGCCCGACCGUUAUUUGAAGGGAUCGGACCUGGCCCAGUUACACAUGGGCUCGAUCCUACAGACCCUGGUUAGCGGCCAGGACCUCGUGGUCACGAACCCCGGCUCGGUUAGGGGCUCUCUGAGGAUUAACUUCGUUCCAUUAAAGGGGUGCGAUGUGAUGUAUGAUUCGAGGAUCUUGGUGCACAGUAUCUUUGUGCCAUUUCCACGAUUUGGAGUAUGGGAUUGGAUGGUCCCAAACGCGUAUGAGGAUGGUUUGUUCCAUGAGACGGGAUCGGUUUUGGAGAAGGAUGGGUUGCUCCCUGAAGUCCAAUCGACGGCUUGGAUAGCGCCGGAGGGACACGUGGCAGGGCCGGAGAUGGCAGACGAAGGGCUCUGAGAUUAAGGUCCCCUAUCUCUCUCUUUCUCUCUCAUGGGUUCGGUAAUGGUCUCUAA